AUGGCAAGGGCCAACACUGUGAAGGCACCACUGGACCCAUCAGCGGUAAACCUCAGCCCAGAGGAUGCAAGUCACCAAAUGUUAAACAAGGCCCAGACGACAGUCUAUCAGCAGAUGAUUGGCUCUGUCAUGUACCUCAUGACAUCAACUCAACCAGACCUUGCAUUUGCAGUCAGGAACCUUGCUAAGUAUCUCUCCUCACCAACAAUGGUGCAUCUCAACCAAGCCUGCCACCUUCUCCACUACAUCUCAUAUACACAAAGCAGCAGGCUGACGUACCUUCUCAAUGACGACAACAAGGUGCCACUCGCCUACUCCAACCAUGCUGGAAGCUGGAAGGAGAACCCAUACUCCACAUCCAGUUUUGUGCUAAUGAUAUUUGGAGGAGCCAUAGCUUGGAGGAGUCAUUGGCAGAGGAUCAUAUCAACAUCAACCACUGAGGCAGAAGUGGUGGCCCUCAGUGAUGCAUGUCAUGACAUUGAUUGGCUCAUUGACAUUGUCAAGGGCCUUGGUCUCAUUGGCAACAGCAAUGCAGGGGUUGUGCUCCACACCAACAACCAGGCUGCACAAUGGGUUACAUCCUCAGAUGGGCCUCAACAAAACAAGGCACUCACACUCCACAAGGCAUAUGUCAAGGACACAGUCAAGAAAGGGCUCAUUGUCAUUAAGUGGAUCCCAGGUGAAUUACAGAUUGCAGAUGGUUUCACUAAGCUCCUCAAUGCUAGAAGGAGUAACAAGUCAUGCAAAGACUUGGGUGUCCUUGCCAAGUAG